AUUUUUUCUAUUUUAUUUUUUUCACUUUAAAGUUUUAUAAGAUAAUUUUAAAUAUCAUCAGUUUUACCGCCGACAGUAUUGUAUCAUUCAAAACCAAGACCUGAGAUAGUUUCAAGUAAGUGGAAUCAUAGUCGAUUUGAAAGUUAAUACAGUGAAAAGUAACAACUUAAAUGCAGUUUAUCUCGUGUAACUUGCGACUUAUUUGCAAAAAAAUCACACAUAAUAUAUGCAAACAUACGAUUUAUGAACAAUUACUUCGAAAAUUUACUGUCACUGCUAGGUUAGCUGACUUCAGUAAGUGGGGUACGAAAAAAAAAGAUCGUAAAGUGAAAAUACAAAUUUUACAGGAUAUGUCGGAUCCAAAGAUCGAAGAAAUCUUGUCUCCCUUUCGAGAUAGCGUGAAGGAACAGGGUGACUAUGUGCGAAAACUUAAAUUUGAUGGAGCUUCAGAAUUGGAUAUUAAAAAAGCAGUUGUUGAGCUUAAACUUCGAAAGAAAUUAUUAGAAGAGAAAGAAUUAUCUUUUUUUGAAACAGUAACAUUUGAUAGAGCAAGAAUGGAAGAUCUCUUGAAACGUAGAUUUUUUUAUGAUCAAUCCUUUGCUAUUUAUGGAGGAAUUAGUGGUCAAUUUGAUCUUGGUCCUAUGGGUUGUGCAUUAAAAACAAAUUUGUUAAAUACAUGGAGAAGUUUUUUUAUAUUAGAAGAACAAAUGUUAGAAGUAGAUUGUUCUAUUUUAACACCAGAACCUGUACUGGAAGCAUCUGGACAUGUAGAAAGAUUUGCAGACUUAAUGGUAAAAGAUGUGAAAACAGGAGAAUGUUUUAGAUUAGAUCAUUUGAUUAAAUCCCAUUUAGAAAAAAUGAUUAGCGAUAAAAAGACAAAUGAAAUUACAAAAGCAGAAUGUAAAAAUAUUAUUAUUAGAUUAGAUGGAAUGACUAAGGAUGAAAUGGCUACAGUUUUAUUUAAAUUCAACAUAAAAUCCCCAAUUACUGGAAAUGAUCUAACAGAACCAAUAGAGUUUAAUUUAAUGUUUGGAACUCAAAUUGGUCCUUCUGGACUUGUGAAAGGAUUUUUAAGACCAGAAACUGCUCAGGGUAUUUUUGUAAAUUUUAAACGAUUACUUGCAUUUAAUCAAGAUAAGUUACCAUUUGCUGCAGCUCAAAUUGGAAAUGCAUUCCGUAAUGAAAUUUCUCCUAGAUCUGGUUUAUUAAGAGUAAGAGAAUUUACUAUGGCAGAAAUAGAACAUUUUUGUGAUCCUAAUAAUAAAAGUCAUCCCAAAUUUGAAACUGUAAAAGAUCUAAAUGUAUUGUUACAUUCUGCUUGUAAUCAAAUGGAUGGUAAGAGUGCACAGCAUAUGACUUUAGGUGAUGCUGUGUUAACUAAACUUAUAGCUAAUGAAACAUUAGGAUAUUUUAUGGGUAGAAUUUAUUUAUUUUUAAUUAAAGUUGGAAUUGAUCCGAAAAAAUUACGUUUUCGUCAACAUAUGGGAAAUGAAAUGGCUCAUUAUGCAUGUGAUUGUUGGGAUGCUGAAUGUCUAACUUCUUAUGGUUGGAUAGAAUGUGUUGGCUGUGCAGAUCGUUCUGCUUAUGAUCUUACACAACAUACAAAAGCUACUGGAAUAAAAUUAGUAGCAGAAAAAAAAUUGCCAGCACCAAAAAAUGUUGAUGUAUGUGAAAUAGUAUCAAAUAAAGUUAUCAUUGGAAAAAUGUUUAAAAAAGAUAGUAAAUUAAUACAAGAUGCUUUAGCAGCAUUAACUGAGAGUAAUAUUAAUGCUAUAGAAACUGAAAUAAAUGAAAAUGGAGAAACUGAAUUAAGACUUUCAAAUGAUUCUAUAGUAAAAAUUACGAAAGAUAUGAUCGAAGUAAAACGAUAUCAAAAAACUGUACAUGUAGAAGAAAUAAUUCCUUCUGUAAUUGAACCAUCUUUUGGUAUUGGUCGUAUUAUGUAUGCUAUUUUUGAACAUAACUUUAAAGCAAGAGAAGGAGACGAAAAACGAACUUAUUUCAGUUUACCACCAGUUGUGGCUCCUUUAAAAUGUUCGUUAUUACCGCUUAGCGGUAAUAAUGAAUUUGUACCAUUUGUAAAACAAUUGUCUCAGAAUCUUACAAAGAUAGAUGUCUCGCAUAAAAUAGACGACUCUUCUGGCAGCAUUGGACGUAGAUAUGCUCGAACGGAUGAAAUUGCAAUACCAUUUGGUAUUACUAUAGAUUUUGAUACUUUAAAAACUCCUCAUACUGCUACACUCCGUGAACGAGAUAGUAUGGGACAAGUUAGGAUAAAUUUGGACCAAAUUCCCGAAGUAGUAAAAAAUUUAACCAAUGGCAAACUUACAUGGUUGGAAGUCGAAGAAAAAUAUCCGAAAUUUGAACAACAAGAAACAACAGAAGCAUAAUAUACGAAAUAUUUAAAUUAUUUGCGAUAUAAAAUUAUAAACAAAUUACUAUAAUAGUAAUUUUUAUUUUGUAUUUAUAUAACGUGCAUUUUAUAGGCAUUUACUUUUAUGCUAUUUUGCACAAAUAAUAAUUAAUAAAAUAAUUAUUAAAACUGA